GCCGCGGCUAGGCGGGAGGCGGAGAGGCGGCGGCGGGAGGAGGAGGCCGCGGCUAGGCGGGAGGCGGAGAAGGCGGCCGGGGCCGCCGCUAUUAAGCGGGAGGCGGCGCUGAAGGCGGAGGCGAGGGGCCGCGCCGUCUCGUGGGAGGCCUCCGGCGGGGCCAAGGAGAGGCGUCGCGGCGGCGGGCAAGCGCAAGGGCAGGGGAACCAGUGGGUUGCCGUGGCGCAUAGAGCCCCGGCAACGGCUCCGUGGCCGAUGGAGCGCCGGCAAGGCGCGGCCGGGAAGAACGAAAUGGAGAUAGGAGGCGUCCGCGGCGAGAAGGGGCCGGACGAUGCCACCCCGGACAAUGCCCCCCAUGGGGGAGGCACGCACCGGGUGAAGGGGAAGAGGAAGGGGAAGGAGAGGCUGGCCGAAGCGCUUCCUGCUUCAUCGCGAGGCGGCAAGCCUGCUGAGGUGGUUCCUCAACCAUCGCACGGCGGCAAGCCGGAGAACAAAAGUGAAUCCAAGGCGAAGGGGAAGGGUCCCGGAGAUCAGGCCGCAGAAUCGAGCUCCAGUGACGGGCCAGGUGAGCCGGCCGACGCAGCCAUCUUGUCCCGGUCCUCACGAGGCCGAUUGCGGCGCGGGAAACCGACGGGCGCUGGUGGCCGCAGCGCAGAGACGUGCGCGGGAAUCGCGCCGGAGAAGGCGGCCGGCCCGCCGCCGCCGCCACCAGGCGCCAAGUCGGACGGCAUGGGGAAGCUGAAACCCUCGGCUCCCAGGCGCGCCGACGUGAUGGCUGGCAGCGAUUCGCCGGGCGGGAAGAAGGCGGCUCCGGCCCAGGCGCCGCCCCCCUCUGCCGCCGACGGCAGCAGCAAACCGACGAGCUGUGGCGAGCUCCGCAAGACCACGGAGGCAAAGCCCAGGGGCCUAGUUGAAGGGCAGCGCCGGCGGCAGGUGGUGGAGGCUCAGGCCGUGGCCGAGGUGAACCCACGGGGGGCGAGGUGUUCGGCUGGGCCUUGGCGCGGCCGAGGCAAUGAGGCCACAGAGCAGCACGGGCGAGUUUGGGUGCCAAAGGCGGCGGCGGCGGCCGGAUCAUCCGCCGGCGCCGGGCUUUGAAAUGGCCGGAGUAGAUGAAUAAUUGGGCUGCGAUUGAAUGCUUGGAGCCUGGGGUGAAUUCCACUGGUGAUGGCUUGACACUCGACUAGUCUUUAGUGAAUACUCCAAGCUCCAGUAUACCUGACUGGUGAUGUGAUGAUCCGUGAAAAGAAUCCAAGCGUUGUUCUUGUUCCUCAAUCUAUUUGGCUACACGGUAUUUGUGUUGUGUUUCAAAUAGAGGCUCUGAAGAAAAGAAAAAUUAGUGACUGAA